AACAACAACAACAACAACAAUAUCAACAACAGUAUCAAUAUUAACAAUAUCAAUGAUAAUAAUAAUGUUAAUAAUGAUAAUAAUAAUAAUAAUAAUAAUAAUAAUAGUGAUGAUGAUAGUCCCACACGCCGCAGAGUUCCCCUCACAACCCCGUGGCGAGUAGAGACAACUGAACGGCUUACGGCGCUGUUAUACGAUGUGCAGUUGUUGCGACUUCUCAUGGCACUGUUAGAACCCGAAUCCUCAAGCCGCAGUGACGGCGUUAUUUCUCUUUCUUCUCCUCCUCUUUCUUCUUCUUCUCCUCCUCUUUCUUCUUCUUCUUUUUCUUUUUCUUCUUCUACUUCUUCUACUUCUACUUCUGUUGAUGUAAUGGUAGUGGUGGAUCCGCAGUGGGCCGCGACGGUGGAGCCGCAUGCACUUUCCGUGACGUUUUUGUUUUUUACCCGCCGAGUCUCAUUGGCGAUGGAACAACUUCGUCAUGUUGUGAUGGAUUUGAUGGAGAGAAGAAGGAGAAAAGAAAGAAAAAGAAAAGAAAAAGAAAAAGAAGAGGAAGAAGAAGAAGGACUAAGAUCACAACUGGAGUAUCAAUUACGUGAGAUCAUAUCUAGUUGGGAGGAGUUUGUGCGUGUAUGUAAUGGUAGUCAUAGUUUUGCAGGCAUUCGAUUGGACUUGAUGGCACGAUUAGAUCAUAUCACUUCACACAUGAAAGAGGUGGUAUCUAAUUGUUGUGGUGAUAAAAGAACAAGAAUACUUGCAGAGGAGCCACUUGUGCUUUAUCUUCAUACAGACAGUAAUGAAGUAGAUGUGAAUCCCUACUGCCGUACUUCACCUAGUGGGCAUAACUCCUACCAUGUGGAUGAUGAUGAUGAUGAUGAUGAUAGUAAUAAUAAUAGUCAUAAUACUCUUAAAUUCAAUGAUGCUAGUAGUAGGAGUACCAGUCAUAAUAAUAAGAAGAAUAAAAAGAGUACUAUUAAUGGUGAUUAUGAUGAUGAGGAGGAGGAAGAAAAUGAUAACGAUAAUGAUAAUGAUGAUAACUUCCAUUCAUCUCGAUUAGGUGGAAGAAUGUUUAAAUGGUUACGUUUGGGUCAUGGUGUUCACCCUAUGAGUGCUGCCAAAUUUGUAACGAAGGUUCUGUAUAGUGUGAUGCUUUUAUUAUCGGCGGUGUUAGUCGCAUUGGAAUAUGAUUCGCUGGAUAGCUCCGUUUUCUACACUUUCCAAAGUACCAGAAUCCAUAUCAAUACAAUUGGUAAUAGUGAUGAGAACAGCAAUACCACUCAUACUAACAAUAAUAAUAGUAAUAAUAACAACAAUAAUGGCAGUAUUAGCAGUAGCAGCAGCAGCAGUGGUGGUAGUAGUAGUAGAUAUGUUCUUAGUCUCACAUUAGCCCAUUGGUGUAUGAUUCGUUUUAUUAUUAGUCUCCUACUACUAGUUUUAAUAGUUGUUGUGGGUAUGAUUCUUCGUAUGAAAUGGUUAGAGAGAGUUUCGGAUCUCGCUUAUAUUUCCAUCUUGCGGGAACUCUUUACGGAUGGAGCUGCAUUUCUUCAAUUUCCCCGUCAAAAUACAAAAAGCACAACACUUCAUGUAAACUGUAGAGAUGAUGGGGUGGAAGAUGUACUUUCAUUCCCUACAGAUGAUGAUCCGCUUACUUCUAAGCAGUCAACCAAGAUGGAGGAAAAUAAUGAAUGGUUUCCAUCAAUGGCCGGUGUUGGGGAUAGUAGUGGAGGGACGAGUACUAGAAGUACUAGUUUAGUCCCUGCAGGGAGUUUUUCUUCUUCGCCGACUCCACCUUCAUAUUAUUAUUAUUAUUCUUCUUCUCCUCCUACGCCUUUUAUUCCAACUUGUCAAGGAAGUCCCGCUCAUGGGAUUUCAGACUUUCCAUUCUCUCCAACUACAGUGGAAGAUCACAGAGAAGGACCGACCACAGAUGGGAGAGAAUCUAAUUGUUGGAAUACAGAGAAAUUAACAACACCAACAACAAUAACAACAAUGGCUACGCCUCUGUAUAGUCCAUGUAUAGAGGCAGAACGAGAGAAACCAAUGGUGUUUGUUGAUGUUCCCGCUGGUGGUGGUGAUAAAAAUCAGGAAAGUUCACAAUCCAUAAAUGUUGAUCGAUCAGCAAAGAUUUGUCGACAUCUUGCAGAGAAUAUAAAGGAUUGUGUUUGUCCAUUAAUGGUGGUGGAAUAUAUUCAAUAUCCCACAAGUAGUCGUAGAGAACACCGAUCCUCCUCUCAUCAUCAUCAUCAUCCACCAACAUUUCCUGUUGCCUACUGUAAUCUCGCAGCACUGGAAUUACUUCACUACAGUUGGCUCUCAGAUGUAGCUGGAAAAGAUAUAAGAAAAGUAUUUGGACUCUAUCGAUCAGUUAAACGAUUAUCACGUAAAAAACGAUCCUCCGAUGUGAGUAGACGAACAUCUACAUUACCAGCAUUACCACAAACCCCACAAAAACAACAUGGUCGUCUUUUUCUAGUUCCAGUACCGCCAUCUAAACAACAUCAGAAACAACAACGACAUCAUCAACAACAACAACAACAACAACAACAACAACAACAACAACAGGAGCAAAUAGAAGAACAACAACAAUAUCAUCAUCAUCAUCAUCAUCAUCAACAAGGAAAGAAAAGUCGUUUAGAAGAGAUUACGGAACCGAAAACUCUCUUUGAAAAUGGUGUAGAAGAGCUUAUUACGGUUUUUCUUGAACAUGAAGGAACCUAUUUGGAUGUAUAUGCAAUGAGUAUUAAUCAACUGACAUUACCCUCUACUUUCUGUAAUGUAGAACAACCAUGUACACCCCAUUCUGCUGAAAAGUCUUAUUUAAUAUUACUUUUUCUCCGUCAAAAUACAAAUGAAAUGGAAGGAAUGCCUCGUCCUAUUAGUCGUACAGUUUCUGUAAAUGAGAGUGUCCGAUCACAUCCCAUACAUGCUUCAACUACACUUAGAGGUGAAUCACCAUUUGGGACUCAGAAACGAGCUUCAACGGCAGAUAUGAGAACAGAGAAUUCGGUAAGUUUACCCAAGUUAUUUAAUGUAGAUCGUGAUACAGAAGAUAUUACAUCUCGUACUAGUUUAGCCACACAACGUCUUCGUGCUCAUAAAUCACCUGUAUUUAAUUACAGACGAUCUAAAAGACGUUCUACUGUAAAAGGAAGUGCAGCUUUUAUGUCAGCUGAACGAGGUCACUCUGUUGAUAGUGUAACAUCUCAUCAAAUACGUCAAAAAUUAGAAAGUUUAGCAGCUGUAUUAGAAGUAGAGGUUUCUCCACUUGUACCAGAGAAAUUCCUUUUUAACUUUGUUGCACUUAUGAUAUUUGUUCAACGAAUAUUAAAACGAUAUAAACGUGUGAAGUGUACUGUUAACGUAGAAAACAUGUUUCUCAUUCUUGAAAUAAGAGGAGAAGAAUGUUCUGGAUUAAAAAGAGAUACAACUCCUUCAAUAGAUGAUACUGGUUCAUUCUCUUCACGUGAUGCCACUGCAAGUGAAAGUUUAGGAAAAGGAGGAGAUUAUUCACCAGAUGUGAGUAUUAACUCUCUCCUUUCACCUACUCUUAUAGAGUAUUUACACGUUUGUGAGGCUUCUAUUCAUUUUAUCCCAAAUGGAUGUGUACUUCGAUUCCCUUAUACCACACAUGAACGUCUACAACUUAUGGAAGGUGUUGGAUCUCUACAAUUAUCCACUGUAAAAGGACUCUCUCUUCUUGGUGUGGCUGCUACAAAUGCCCUUACAGAAGAAGCUGUAGAGAGUACGAAAGGUGAAAUGAUUCAUUUAGAUCAAUACGCUGCAGCUGAAGAGGCAUUUUCAGAAGCCAUACGUAAAGCUGAAUCUUUCUGUUCUCAAAAACUAGAAGAAAGUGGAGUAACUGAACAAAACUUUGCGAAAGCAGAUGCUAUGGGUCUAGAAAGUAGCAACAACGCUUGCUUUUUUCAUGGUCCUAGUGGACAACAAAUAGAAGAAGUAGCAGGUUCUUCAGCAGAUAUUGCAUGUGGUUUACCAUCUAUUUUAAAUCCUAAUCGUCCAAGAAGUGGAGAUAUCUCUAGUACGCCUUCUACAGCACCACCACCACCACUACAUACUACUACUCCUCCUCCUCCUCCAGUACUAACACCAGUACCAGCACCAAUCACACCAAUCACAACAACAACAACAGGAACAACAGGAACAACUACUAGGCGAGAAUCCAUGUCUAGUUCUCAUUCAACACAACCAGGACUUCCAGGUUGGCAAACUGGUUCAGGUCCAGUACGAGCAGAUAAUAUUUUUGGUAGAAGUAGAUGUCGAAGUGGUAGUGAUACUAUGGGAACAAGUAUAUCAUGUACUGGUCCUUUUGUAAGUAAUGCGACAAACUAUGGUAAACAAUAUCUUCACAUUUUAUUGUAUUUAAAGGAACAACGACCAGAUGUUGUACAAUAUUUAUGGUCUAAAGGACAUUCAGCAACUGUUGUCUCAGACAAGGCGGUAAUGAAACGUUAUCUAUUAAUUGGACUUCAUGUUUUUGAUGUAGUAUUUAUAGAAUGGAAUGAAAAACUAGUAACUCCAGAUAUUCGAGACCUUAUAGGAGUAGAUGCAGGAAAACAAACAACUAUUUUAUAUUUGUUAACAGAAAAUUCUUAUAGUUUACCUUUACCUCCUGGAACUCCUGAUGAAGCUGUUUUACGUUUACCAGAUAUUUCAGAAGUUUUUACAGAUCCUACUAUUGGUCAAAAUGCAAGUCUUUAUAUUCGUCAACAUCGUCUUCGAUAUGAAAUGGUACAAGUUCGUUGGAGAAAGAGUUAUCAAAUAGUUCGUCAUAUAGGUACUGGUGCAUUUGGUGAUGUAUAUGAAGUUUACUUGGUAGUCUCACGUGGACGUUUAGCUAUGAAACGAAUGUUUUUAAGUGGAGCUAGUAAUCGUGUUCUUGAGCAACUUAAUCGUGAGGUAUUAAUAUUAAGUCAAUUAGAUCAUCCUAAUAUAGUAAGUUUUUCUCAUUCAUCUAUGGAAGAAAACUCUUACUGUAUUUUUAUGGAAUUAUGUGAUGGAACAUUAAGUCAAAGACUACAAGGUCAUGGCACAUCUCAUCAUGGUAGUGCACGAAAAGGAGAAAGAGGAAAUCAACAACCACCUUUACCACAAUUAGCAACAACUCCACCAUUUUCAGUUUCAUCCGUUACGAGUAGUCCAAGUACAGGAAUUUUAGAUUCGGAUAGUACGGCUAGAGGACAUGAUCAACUAACAGCACGUGAAAUAGUACUUCUUCUUCAUGAUGUAGCCAGUGGAAUUCAGUAUAUUCAUUCACAAGGUAUUGUACAUCGAGAUAUAAAACCUUGUAAUAUCCUUUUUGUAAAUGGUGUAGCGAAAAUUGGAGAUUUUGGAAGUGCUGCUGAAGAACGAGCUACCAAACCACUUAUAAACAUGAAAGGUACAUUAGCCUAUAUGUCUCCUGAAGUUUUACUUGGUGAACCCUAUGGAAGACCAUGUGAUAUGUGGUCUUUUGGAUGUUUACUUGCAGAAGUUAUUGGACUUCGCCUUGGACACCUGCAGGGACUUCACUUUCCUGCUUUAGUGGAAUUAUAUAAAUCUAUUCCCUUUACGGGCAGUCUGCCCAUUACACUCUCUAAUCACAGGAGUGGAAUGCUGCAACAUCACUUUGGGGAUAGUACGGCUCGAAUGAUACUUGGAGCGAUGAAAAGUGCAUUUAAUGAAAGUUCUAGUGAACGUCGAGAACACGUGGCUCCACGCAGGCGAGUCCCUUCACAAGUAACGAGAGAAAAAACCGCAACUUCUGCAGAGGAAGACUUGGAAGAUCUACGUUUUUUAAAUAGCCCCAGUUGUCAAUCCACACGUGCGGUUACCUUUAUUAGUACGACCAAUACCAAAUUUCUGGGAUCUGAAAAGGCGGAAUUGCCAGAGAGUCUUGUGGAAUUAUUAGAAGGAUUAUUUCAUCGUGAUCCCCAGAAGCGAAUGACGGCCCGAGAAGUAUUGGAUCAUCCAGUUACUUGGGAUGUGGAGUGGAUGGAAAUGGUUUUACGUGCGGUGGAGGAGGUUUGUCCAGUAGAGGCGGAUGAGGUGCCAGCGGAGGCUUCCCAUGCGGGGGAUUCUACAAUAUGGAGAGGAGAAGAUACACUGGACCUUUCCAUUGAUUCUGAAUAA